AUGACCGUAUCGUACAAUCAUCGUAGAUCUGCUCGUCGUGUUGAAGAAGCAAAACGAAAAGCGAGACCAGAGUUAAAUCACUUCGGCUGGGAUACACUUGGCCUUGCUCAGAAAUUUGUGCUUCCUGAUUUUCAUGAUAACAUUACGAGAGUGGACGCCACGAAGCUGUCUCUCAACGAGUUCCGUGAGAAGUAUGAAAUUCCUCGUAUUCCCGUGAUCCUGACGGGUAUUACUGAUAAAUGGCUUGCCCAUGAAAAGUGGACGGUAUCGAGGAUUGCUCGCAAAUAUCGCAAUCAACGAUUCAAGUGCGGGGAAGAUGAUGAUGGCUACUCUGUGAAGCUGAAAAUGAAGUACUAUGCAGAUUAUAUGGUGAACAACGAGGACGAUAGCCCCCUGUACAUUUUUGACAGUGGAUUUGGCGAUCGUCAUAAAACGAGUAGACUACUUGAUGAUUACGUUGUUCCUUCUUUCUUCAGAGAUGAUUUGUUCGGUUAUGCUGAUCACAAAAAGCGACCUCCCCAUCGGUGGUUUGUGAUGGGUCCAGUUCGAUCAGGUACAUCCAUCCACAUUGAUCCGCUUGGCACUAGUGCUUGGAAUGCUUUGAUCAAAGGUCAUAAGCGGUGGGUGCUGAUCCCACCGGAAGCACCUAGAACGCUGGUCAAGCCAUACGACUCGGAGAAAGGCAAACAUCCGGAUGAGGCGGUAACCUGGUUUAUGACGGUUUAUAAACGCGUUCGUGCGUCAACAUGGCCCAAAGAAUAUCCUGUAAUUGAGGCGCGCCAAGGUCCGGGUGACACGAUGUUUGUGCCGUCCGGUUGGUGGCACGUCGUGAUUAAUGAGGAUAACACCAUUGCAGUCACACAAAACUAUUGUUCUGUAGUGAAUUUGGCGCAAGUCUGGCCAAGAACAGUGAAGGGCAGACCGAAACUCAGUAAGCACUGGUUCAAAAGGCUCAACCAGGAGCGCCCAGAAUUGAUCCCCAUUAUGGAGCAGUCAAUGCGAGGGCCGGCUCCGAAUGAGUCAAGCAGCGAUUCCUCAUCGAGCAGCUCGAGCAGCGAUGAUGACACAAGUUCUGAUGAAAACGUACCAACCGCUACUACAUGUUCAGAGAGAUCGAGAAAAAGGCGCUACAGCGAGGUAGUUGGCCAUAUGGGUGAAGGCGAUACAUGUGCUAGCAAAAUGCGAAGCAGUCCAAGAAGACACUAA